AUGGAGUUGUUAAUUGUUCAAUCACAUGGGGCUAAAAAUAAAUUGAGAGGGGAUAAGGUGGAAGAUUCUGAUAAAUUAAUUCCUUCUGUGGAACAAAAGAUGGCAGAAUGCAGAGACUAUUGUUUAUCAGAAGAAUUGACUGAUGAAACAGAAGAUAAACAAUUAAAAUUACGUAUGAGGGAAGUUAUUGAGAAUAGCAUCAAUAUCGAAAACAAUAUAGCCAAUAAUACCAUAAAUUGUAUUCAAAUUGGACGUCAACUUCUUUUACAUCAUUCAGAAAUUCGGCCAAUUACCUCUACAGAUCUAAACUUUUUUGAAUCGAGUAUUCGUAUUUCAACACAUAUUUGGGACGCUGAGGUGCGCGAUGCAGUUUGUAGUCAAUUGCUUUUAUUGAAAGCUUUGGGUGUAGGGAAACGAAAAAAACGUCAAAACUUCUCUGAUAGAAUCACCAACAUCCUUAAUAAUUAUUUUAUUAAUCAUCUCAGUAAGCCUUAUCCAGAUGAGCAGACCAAAUUAGCCUUAGCUGAACAAUGUGGAAUUACUUUAGCACAAGUGUCUAAUUGGUUUGGAAAUAAACGAAUUCGUUAUAGAAAAGCUCAGAAUAAAGCAACAAAGGCAGCUAUAAUGGACGAUAAAUAG